CUACAAAUGCUGCGCAGCGUUUCUCCCUCUUAUUCUAUUCCUCGAAUUCGAAUGAAGAAAGAGAAAGAAGUAUAAACGCUACAAAGCAUUUGCAGCGCUCGCUGGACCUUAAACUACGAGGUGUUGCAUGUCGCCAACGGACGAUGGCGCGCAAAGUGCAAAGGCACAUGUGCAGAACAUAACCUAUAAACGAAUGUGUUGUCGAGUACGGUGUUAAGAGUUUUGAAUAUUAUAUAUAAUAAUUUUAACAAGAAUAUUCUUCUCCCACGUGCAACGAUUAACACCUACCAAGCGAAAUAAAUUAGCCAGAACGUGACCGUGAACAACGAGGAUGUUGCGACGGCAAGCGCGAAUGCGUAGAGAAUACCUCUACAGAAAGUCCGUGCAGGACAAGCUAAAGGGAAUACAGGAGAAGAAGGAUAAGCUGAAACGCAGCUUGGAGGAAAAUACACCUAUUCAUCCAGACUUACGUAAGGACGCCCUACACAUUCAGAGGAAGAUAGAGUGGGAAGAUGCGGGACCAGAAAUGGCAGUGGCUAUGGGAAGAGAGAUGGGAGGCACCGUAGCCAACCACGAGGACGACGAGUAUCGCUGGGCCGGCGUGGAGGAUCCCAAGAUCAUCAUCACGACAUCGCGCGACCCUAGCUCCCGGCUGAAGAUGUUUGCCAAAGAGCUGCGUUUGAUCUUUCCCAAUUCACAACGGAUGAACCGUGGUAACUACGAUAUGAAGCAGCUGAUUGAAGCCUGUCAGACAAACGAUGUUACGGACUUCAUCAUCGUGCACGAACACCGCGGUAUGCCCGACAGCUUGGUGAUAUGCCAUUUACCAUACGGGCCCACUGCUUACUUCACAAUGUCCAAUGUCAUAAUGAGGCACGAUAUACCCGACAUUGGCACGAUGUCGGAGCAAUAUCCACAUCUGAUUUUCCAUAAUUUCAAAACUACACUGGGACAGCGAGUGAUGAGCAUUCUGAAAUACCUGUUUCCUGUACCAAAAGAGGACAGUAAGAGAGUGAUUAGUUUCGCUAACCACGAUGAUUGUAUAUGUUUCAGACAUCAUAUAUAUAAGAAAUCAAAAGGCAAAGAGAUAGAAAUGACAGAAGUAGGACCACGUUUCCAAUUAAAACUGUAUGAAAUCAAACUUGGUACUCUGGACAUUGCUGCAACAGCCGACACACAAUGGGCUUUGAGACCGUACAUGAACACUAGCCACAAACGAAGAUUUCUAUCUAAUGAUGAUGGUUGGCAGCAAGAAGAUAACAUUUAAUUCUAUUAUGUUAGCUGAUUAAGUCUUUAAUCAAUUUAAGUCUUCAAAUAAAUUUUUAUAAUCUGAAUAACGUGUAAAAAUACUUUUACAUGAGAUAGAUAUAUCCCAUUGUAUAAAACUAGAAUCACACAAUGCACGAUUUCAUGCUUUCUGACAUGUAAGCUAACUGGCAAGUUGCUCUUACUACAUGCCCAGUAAAUACAAAGUUUCAUCAAUGUUACAAUGUCAGCUCAGUUAUAUUAUAUAACUGUUACUUUGUUACAUAACAAAGUACAUAGUAGUUUAAUAGUAGACAGUUACAUAAUAUACCAUAUGAUUGAACUGACAUUGCAAUAUGGAUAAUACUUUGUGUUCACUAGAUGGAUCUUUCAGUGCACAGUAGCGAUUUAUGCAACGAACUGAACUUAAAGCAUGUCAGCAUACAUGUAAGAAAACAUGAAUAUCGUACAUUGUAUUGUUCUAGCUUAACAUAUAAGUAUUUCUAUAUAUUAUUAUAAGUAUUAUAUGUAUUAAAUACAUGAUACAGGUGUUUA